CGUGACAACGUUGCGAAGAUGUUGGAAGUUUCUACCUUCGUGUGAAGUGGGGUCUAAACCAAAACAUCUAGCUAACUAGCUAGUUUUCAGUGGUCGUGUAGGAUAUACAACAUCAACUUCUGUCACCUCCAGAUACGGGUUGACAACCCUGACUCGUUAUGUCCUGUAGUGCUGCCAAACCCGGCUCCACCAAUGGCUACACGAUGAAGGCCCAGCUUCAGAUUCUCGUGCUGUCGGCCAAGCUGAAAGAGAACAGAAAGAACUGGUUUGGGCCCAGCCCUUACGUGGAGGUCGCUGUCGACGGGCAGUCCAAGAAGACGGAGAAAUGCAACAACACCCACAGUCCUAAGUGGAAGCAGCCGGUCACUGUAAUCGUCACGCCCUUCAGUAAGUUGGUCUUCCGGGUAUGGAGCCACCAGACGUUGAAGUCGGAUGUUUUGUUAGGAAUGGCCACACUGGAAGUCAGUGAAACCCUGAAAUCCAACAACAUGAAGAUCUCGGAGGUGGUGCAGACCUUGCAGCUCAGCACGGACCGCGACCUGACGGACGUGGUGGGAGAUCUGUCCGUGUGUCUGGACGGGAUGCAGGUGGAUCCUGAAACAUUCGCUUCUGCGGACGCCAACAGCCUGAGUGCUCUGCCUAACGGGGAUUCGAGACAAAACAGCGAUAAUGUCGCAAGGUCGAGCAGAGACACCUCCCCCUCCAUCGACAGCCUGGAAGACAUUCCCAACGGCCGGCGGACAGCCAACGGCACAGGCUCGCCCUCCCUCUCAGCGGGGGGCUCCAGGUCCUCCCGGCCCCCCCGGCCCUCCCGGCCGCCCCCGCCCACCCCCCGGAGACCGGCCUCUUCUCCAGCCUCCUCUACCGGCUCGGCCCCCGGCCAGGGCAGUGAAGCUCCCAGCGCGGGCACCCCGGCCCGCACGCCGGCCCCGAGCGGCUCGGAGGCCAGCCCGGAGUCAGGGUCAGCAGGCCCCCGGCAGCCCGCUGGCGUCACCCCUACCCCUUCCAGAAUCGCCCCCGUCAGCACCGGCCCAAUGCCCCCUGGAUGGGAGCAGAGAGUAGAUCAGAAUGGCAGGACGUACUUCGUAGAUCACAUCGAAAAGAGGACGACGUGGGACAGGCCUGAGCCUCUGCCCCCAGGCUGGGAGCGGCGCGUGGAUCCCAUGGGCCGGAUCUACUACGUGGACCACAUCACCAGGACCACCACCUGGCAGCGGCCCACCGUGGAGUCUGUGCGCAACUACGAGGAGUGGCAGCUCCAGCGCAACCAGCUGCAGGGGGCCAUGCAGCAGUUCAACCAGAGGUUCAUAUUCGGGCUCCAAGAUCAAGUCCCCGCAACGCCAAAUAAAGAGUUUGAUCCGCUUGGACCUCUGCCGCACGGAUGGGAGAAAAGGACGGACACCAACGGCCGGGUGUACUUUGUACAUCAUCCAACACGGGCCACACAGUGGGAGGACCCACGGACUCAAGGCCUCCUGAACGAGAAGCCGCUGCCCGAAGGGUGGGAAAUGAGGUUCACGGUGGACGGGAUCCCCUACUUCGUGGAUCACAACAGGAGGACCACCACGUACAUCGACCCGCGCACUGGCAAGUCCUCCCUGGAAAAUGGCCCCCAGAUCACCUACGUACGAGACUUCAAGGCCAAGGUCCAGUACUUCAGAUUCUGGUGUCAACAACUGUCACUGCCCCAGCACAUAAAGAUCACUGUCUCCCGCAAAACCCUGUUCGAGGACUCCUUCCAGCAAAUCAUGAGCUUCAAUCCACAAGACCUGCGACGGAGGCUUUGGAUCAUCUUUCCUGGGGAGGAGGGCCUGGACUACGGAGGAGUGGCAAGAGAGUGGUUCUUCCUGCUGUCCCACGAGGUGCUGAACCCCAUGUACUGCCUGUUUGAGUAUGCCGGGAAGGAAAACUACUGCCUGCAGAUCAACCCCGCCUCCUACAUCAACCCGGACCACCUCAAGUACUUCAAGUUCAUUGGCCGCUUCAUCGCUAUGGCAUUGUUCCACGGGAAAUUCAUCGACACGGGGUUCUCGCUGCCGUUCUACAAGCGUAUUCUCAACAAGCCUUUGUGCUUGAAAGAUCUGGAAUCCAUUGAUCCUGAAUUCUACAAUUCCCUUAUCUGGAUCAAAGAGAACAACAUUGAGGAAUGCGGUCUGGAGAUGUACUUCUCCGUGGAUAAGGAAAUCCUGGGAGAAGUCACGACCCACGAGCUGAAAGCAGACGGAAGCAAUGUUGUGGUGACUGAAGAGAAUAAGGAGGAGUACAUCAGGCUCGUCGCUGAGUGGCGGCUGUCCCGGGGCGUGGAGGAGCAGACCCAGGCCUUCUUCGAGGGCUUCAAUGAAGUUCUCCCACAGCAGUACCUGCAGUACUUUGAUGCCAAGGAGCUGGAGGUGAUGCUGUGCGGGAUGCAGGAGAUCGACCUGGCGGACUGGCAGAGGAGCACCAUCUACCGCCACUAUGCCCGCAGCAGCAAGCAGAUCCUCUGGUUCUGGCAGUUCAUAAAGGAAAUGGACAACGAGAAGCGGAUGAGACUGCUGCAGUUUGUCACGGGGACCUGCCGUCUGCCUGUAGGGGGCUUCGCCGAUCUCAUGGGGAGCAACGGUCCACAGAAGUUCUGCAUCGAGAAAGUGGGAAAGGAGAACUGGCUGCCCAGGAGUCACACGUGCUUUAACCGACUAGACCUGCCGCCCUACCGAAGCUACGAGCAGCUGAAAGAGAAGCUGAUGUUUGCGAUCGAAGAGACGGAAGGCUUUGGACAGGAGUAACGGGCGCAGCCGGGGCCCAGGCCCCCCUGUCCGCUUGGGGUCCCCCACCGCGGGCGUUUGUUCUGGGUCUGACCUUUCCCUGGCGGGAGGCGCGGAGGUCUCCGCGGGUUACCAGCAGACGGGCGCUGCCUGCAGCAGGGAGGGGAGAGACCGGUCUCCCCGGUGACCUGGCCCACGCGCUGACUCCGGGACCUGCUUUACGGACCCCCGUGGGGGCCGGGAGCGGGGGUGGCGGAGGGGCGCGGGGCCCCUGAACCCCCCCGGCCCGCUCUGCCCCUCCCCUGCUCUGACUCCUGCACCCAGUACGCAGUGGGGGGGGCUUCACCGUGAACCUGAAUGUGAACUCCACGCCACGCACGGGGUUACCGUACGGUCACAGGAAACUGCACUAUUCCCUCCACUUUCCCAGCCACCCGUCCAUGCUCAAGACUGUUCAAAUAAUCAAAAGCUUUCUUUUUGACAAAGUAUUAACGGGGAUGAGAUCUCGAUGGCUUUGAGUAAACCUCGCAUGUUUACUUUCGCUAUUUCACGAUGUUGCGAAUGACUGUCAGGUCAUUCGCAACAUUGUGGUGUAAUUUAUCUAUUUUAAAUCGGUGCCUGAAAUCUUUCAUUUCUAAUACAGAUAUGGACCAUGUCCUGUUUAACACUUGAAAGGCCAAGAACCUGGCUAGAACCACCAAGCCUGACCCCACCGGGCUGUCCAGCAUGACCUACAGACACCUCAUUUCAUGACUAUUAUGAGACCAAUAUGUUUCUAAAAAGCUAUUUUCUUGAAAUAAAGGACACGGCUGAUAUGAUAUUCUUAUUUCUAAAUGACAGAGGUUUUGUUGUAUAGGCUAAGGCAAUGUGCUGAAGUAAAUGUGCAGGCAUACAGGGAAAAGCGCUGAAAUGUGCGAGUCAAGGCAAAACACAAAAUGGAAAAUGUAUAUAUAAAUAAAUACUAAGUGCAAUAUUUUUUAAGUCAUUUCUUCAGUCAUUGCAAACUCCACACACUUCUCCCUUCCCCUGGUCUUGCAAUUUGGAGAGCCUAUUUUGUGAAGAAAAUAGCACAAAUUGUUUCUUUGCGGAGUAAUUUUUAUUUUUUUUAUUUGAAUCCUAAAUAUUUUUGUGGAGGGUAUUGCAUUUGGAGUCAUUUUUGUUUUAAAGUCAAAAUGCCCGAUGUUGUCGGCUCUGGCCUUUCUAGUGUUAUAACAUUACAGUACAGCUUACGUUAAUUUAUUUUUUCUUAAAUGUUCAAAAACACGUGGUUACAUUUUGAUAGUGUGAUUUCAGUGUACCUGACUGAUCCAAAAGUCUGACUGAUUUGACCAAAGUUUGAUUUAACAAAACCACAGAAUUGCUACAGUUUAGCUACAGCUAAAUAUUUAAAUGGAAAAUCUUGAUUUUUACUUGAUUUUAAUUUAUCUCUUAUUUCUGUCCUUUUCCAUGGAAAAAAAGCACUUUACAAAAUAUCUCAUGUUAAAUUGAGGUUGCGGAGGCUCAAAAAAAUAGUUUGGACAAAGACCGUUUUAACGACUAGUUGGAGACAAAUCAAUGUGACUUCAUGUUUGUUGAUAUUCAUGGUUUGUGCCCUUGUAUACACUGAAAAAUUCUCAUCAGGGUUUGUGAUCUGGGAAGGGGUUGAAUGAUCGGCGAGUAGCAGAAACCUGUUACUGAGUGCACCUGCAUGUAUUUAUGAGAAAUGAAGCUCAAUGUACUGCCAUUGCAAUGAAAUGCUUUUAUUUAAUAGAGCUAAUUAUUGGGGUCUUGUAACCCACCCUUUACAGGAUAUUUAGCCCCUGCGGGUAAAACUAUCUGUGGGGGGGCUUCCUGAAUCAAGUUGUGUCAUGAAUGAAUCUUCUGAAAUGGUAUGUUAUUAAAGAAAACUGCAAGACACUUUUAUCAAUAUAUUUUUAGAGCAAAUGUUGUAUAAAUGGGUGUGGCAGCAAUGUUCCUACUUGUAAAGGGCCUUGCUUCCUGUUGGUUGUUGUCCAGGAAAGUAGCUAUGAGCUCAGAAUAGUUCAUUUGGGCCCUACAAUCGUUUUCUCUCAGUGAUGUUAGUUUUAACUGUUUAACUGUAUUAAGAGAAUAGCUUGGAUGAUGUAAGAGUAACUUAUCUGUACGUUCCCAAAUAGAACUGUCUGUCUGUGAGGUGAAGUAACACAGGGAGGUGAUUUUAAUUGUAACCUUUGACAUGGAAUUCAUGGUAAAGAUGUCACACUGGUCUGAAUCCAAUCAAAUUGAGCUAUUUUAGUCUUGCAGUACUGUGAAAAACUCUCUUUCUAGAGCCACAAUGGUAGGCCAUGCAGACUUGAACUGUCUUAGACGCCCCCCCCCCCCCCCCCAGAGCUUUUUCUUUUCUUUGUCCAUUCUUUGGCAUGUGUUCACAGGGGUUAGUCAAUGGCUUUCCUUUUGGAAGCAGCAAAAGCUUAAUAUAGAACGUAUGCACAGAAUCAAUUCUACAGGCUUAUCUGAAGAGAAGGGAUUGCCACUGUCUGUCCUGUCCCGCGUGUGCGCAAAGAUGUUCCCCCCCUGCCUAAAAAUUGAUAUGUAUUUAUCUGGCUAUGUAUACACUAAUGGAUUUGCACAUUUUCUGUAGAAUGGCAUGAAUGACCCCAUUUUCUUUUGUUUUACUUAAAGCACUGGAUGUGAAAAUAGAAAUGUUUGUCAAGUAUCUAAUCAAGAGUAAUGCCCUUUGAGGCUCUUAAAAACUAUUGCAUUACUCACCAUGCAAAUGUGACACCAGCAUUUGUCAUUUCUAGGCACUGCGGCAAACCAUUGUUUCUAAGACAAAGCCCACAAGCUGCAGUGCUUUCAGCUUAAUUCAGUCUUGAUUGCUUUUACAUUAAUUACACACUAUCAGAGCACAUAAAAUGUAGUAUCUAUAUUGAGACACACUUUGGCACACCAAGGAAAAGAACAUUGUGUUUAAGAAGUAAGAACUGCAUUAUCUCUGUCCAACAAUCAUUGUUCAGAGCAGAACCUUUUUCUGCAGUCCUUGUCCAAAUAAAAAAAGAGCCUUUAUCCUAGGGCACAGAAUGAAGUUGGAGGCAAAAUUAUGAAUUUCCAGUGAUAUGGCAUAUAUGGAUAUUUCCUAUAAGACUCAGUAAUAACACCCCCCUCUGUAUAUUAAAUGAGUGCUGUAAAUCAUGUUAAUAAUGAAUUCCUGUAAUUCUUUUUGUAAAGUCUAACCUUUAAGUAAACAAGGGUAAAUGGUUUAAAUGCUAUUUAAUUUUUAUUUCUUUCACUAUUUUAUCUGUACAGGAAGAUAAUUGGUGUAAAAUGUUAAUCUGUUUAGAAGUUUAAAUAAAAUACAAAGGUGAA